AUGAGCAUCCGCGGCAUGCUGCGGGCUGCCGUGCUCCUGUUGCUCAUCAGGACCUGGCUCGCGGACGGCCACGGCCCCAGGCUCACCUCGGAAUUCCACUUCGCUCUCUCCACCGUUCCCGACGUCGUCCUGGACCUCUUCCACUGCAAAAACUGCGCGAAUGAAGCUGUGGUUGGAAAGAUUUUGGACAGGGUGCUGGCUGGAUAUGAUGUCCGUCUGAGACCAAAUUUUGGAGGUAACCCCGUGCCCGUGGGAAUAUCUAUCUAUGUCUCCAGGAUUGAACAGAUCUCUGAAAUAAAUAUGGACUAUACCAUCACGCUGUUUUUUCACCAGACAUGGAAGGACUCACGCUUAGAAUAUUACGAGACAAACCUGAACUUGACUCUGGACUAUCGGAUGCUUGACAAGUUGUGGGUCCCCGAUUGCUACUUUCUGAAUAGCAAGGAUGCUUUUGUGCAUGAUGUGACUGUGGAAAACCGCGUGUUUCAGCUUCACCCAGAUGGGACGGUCCGGUACGGCAUCCGACUCACCACCACAGCGGCUUGUUCCCUGGAUCUGCAUAAAUUUCCUCUGGACAAGCAGGCCUGCAAGCUGGAGGUUGAGAGCUAUGGCUACACAGCCGAAGACAUCAUAUUAUUCUGGGAAGAUGAGGAGAAUGCUGUCCGCGGGACUGAGGAGCUGCAGAUCCCUCAGUUCAGCUUCCUGGGGCAGACAAUUAUGAGCAAGGAGGUCUAUUUCCACACAGGUUCCUACACGCGCCUGAUCCUGAGGUUCCAUGUCCAGAGGGAAGCCAACAGCUACCUUGUGCAGAUCUACUGGCCCACCGUCCUCACCACCAUCCUCUCCUGGAUAUCGUUUUGGAUGAACCAUGAUUCCUCUGCAGCCAGGGUGACAGUUGGCUUGACCUCGAUGUUCAUCCUGACCACCAUCGACUCCCAUCUGCAAGAUAAACUCCCCCAGGUUGCCUGCAUCAAGGCCAUCGACAUCUAUAUCAUCGUGUGCCUCUUCUUCGUGUUCUUGUCCUUGAUGGAGUACGUCUACAUCAACUAUCUGUUCUACAGCGGAGGCCCUCAGCACCAUCGUCGGCGACGCAGGAGGGCCCGCAGGGUCGCUGACCUUGAGCGCUACCGCUUCCAGGAAGUGGCGAUAGCAGAUGUGCAGGCUGAACUGAUCGACCUGGAAGAUGACCUCGACUGGCUGCUGUCCAUCCCGGCACAGGCCCCGCUGGCCACCCCAGAGAGCCUUGGUUCUUUGGCCUCCACUCCAGAGCGGGCCCAGCUGGCCACCUCAGAAAGCCUCAGCUCCCUCUCCUUUGUCUCGUGGCAGACCCAGCCGGUGACCGAAGAAAGCCUGAGCCAUCUCCCUGCCACCUCGGAGCAGGCCCUUUGCAGCUAUGGCAUCCGCUUUCAUAGUUUAAAGACAGAUGAGGGCAUUCCUUUCCCCGAAAUCCGCAAUCGUGCCGAGUCCCGCGUGCGUGCUGAGAUCCAUGACCAAGACAACCAGGAAGAGAGCUCGAGCUCAGACGAGAGUGAUGACCAUGGCCACGUCAGGAAGCCUCUGGUUGGCCCCUACCAGCGGUGUAUGCCGGCUGCAAGCUGGGACCUGGACAAGAUCUGUAGCCUGAAUGAGGAUGUCAACGUCGAGAGUGGCUGGCUGGGCCGUGAAGAGCAUCCUGAAUCUGUUAACGACGAUACUUGGAGCCUUGGCGAUGAUGACGAAGUCCUGGCCUGCAGCCAAGGGGAGGACAGUGGCUCGGAGUCUGAUGACAGCCGCCCCCCGAGCCCUGGGUGCUCAUUCAGCAAAGGGCUCUCCUCCAAGCUCUUUAACCCUGAUUAUGUCCCCAAGAUCGACAGGUGGUCCCGCGUCCUCUUCCCUCUCGCCUUUGGGUUGUUCAACAUCGCCUACUGGGUGUACCACAUCAAUUAGUCCCAUCGUG